AUGGAUAAGACGGCGAGGGAGCAGUGGGUUCAGUCGCAAUCUGCAUUCGUCGCCACGACCAUGAGUUUCGUCAGUGGCAUCGUCGGCCUCUUCACCAUCGUUCCCUUGGGCUUCAUCUCGGAUCGGUUUGGUCGCAAGUGCGGCCUCCUCAUUGCGUAUACCGGCUUCGCCAUCGAAGCGGUGCUUAACGCUCUUGUUAUGCUUCUCAAUCUGCCUCUAUGGAUUCUGAUCUUUGCAACGCUUCCAUCCAGUAUUCUAGGAAACGGUCUCUACGGCAUAAUGACUCAGCUCUACGUAUGCAUUGUGGAUUUGACGGAACAGAAAGCGGAGAUCAUGGAACGGCGGCUAUCAGUUGUGCCACAGCCCAUAGACAGCGAAACUCCACCUCCGCCUCUCGAGAGGCGUCGAACCAGAUCUAUUUUGGAGAAGUGUGAGCCGAAGUCCGUAACGACAGUGCAGUCCUCAAUGGCCUCUGAGCGUCUCUCCUUCAUCGCCCUUUUCGAGGGCUGCACGGGUAUCACCCUGUCCGUUGGCACAAUCGCCAUAGGACCUGUCAUUCAAAAAUUUGGAUUUGUCUUCUCUGGUUGGGUGGUCCUCGUCUUGACGGGCAUCAACGCGGUGUUGUCAGUGUUCCUACCCAACACCCGAGAUCUAUGGUACAAUCCGGCGGUCAAAGAGGGGAAGUCUCAGGAGUUUGACCAGGAGUCAAGAAGAAAGCUCCUCUCUGUCUCCCCUGCGAGCACGGACAACUCUCCAAAUCCCUCCAGCCCUCUGCCAAAGAGGUCCUGCUGCCUUGCUCUCAGGCAGGCGUUCGCCUUUGUGACAGUGCCAAUAAUCAUAGAGAUCAUCGCAAAUUUGCUCGCUGGUAUGGUUGCAAUGACCGACAUUCCCAUCCUCAAUCUCUACUUUAUCGGCAAUCCUUUCACAAUGACAAUUUCACAAGUCGGAUUGGCCAUUGGGCUACGAACCAUCGGGUGUUCAAUUGCUUCUGGCCUCUUCGUGCUUUUCAACAUGUUCUACUUGCAGCCCAGACUGGCCACACCAAACGCCCCGGCACUCGAGACGUCCAAAGCGUCCACCAGCGAGGGUGACGUCCUAUGUCUCACUGGCGCCGAAGUUGCCGCUGAGAAGAAAGUAAAGAUCCUAGAGGCUCGGCGCAUCAUACUUUUCAGCCUUGGCGGCAUCUUCCUUGUCAUGGCUGUGAGUCGGUUCUUCUACGGGCUCUCGAGUAACUUCAGCAAACCCACAUGUUUCGUUCUGCUCUUCAUUGGCAUGACUUUGAACGCCUUCCAGUUUUAUGGACCUCUCGCACGAGCUCUUCUAUCGGGUUUGGUAACGUGUGAAGUGCAAGGUCUCCUGUAUGCACUUGUUGGCUUCGCCGAUGCGCUGGGUUCGUUCAUCGGCUCGACUGCGUUGCCAGCACUGUUUGCUACGACGGUUUUUAUGAAUGCCGGCUUUGUGUUUCACAUGGGAGCCCUCAUCCUCGCUCUCGCUUUUGUGCUCACCGCACCCACACAUACGGAGGGCACGGGCAUGGACGUCGGCAGGGCAAGUCUCGGCAUGCCUCUGCACUUCCCCUGUGACCUUCAGCGUACUUGUUGGCGCCUGAAUCCUGUCCACCUGGGACAUCAACGCUGCAUUUGA